CAGUCCCACCGGGUGAGACGCCUUCUUUCUGAAGGGCAAAAUCCUCUACUCUUUUAUCUGGAUCCGGAGCUGGAGUUGGAUUUGUAUACUUUGCCGAGGGGGCUGCAACGAGUCUCAGGUUCGAACAGCCCAAAACCGCCUCUAGCGAUGUUCUCCAUUGCGGCGAUCAACGAGACCGAUUCCAGCGGCCUGUGGGAGCCGUUAGCCCCCACCAAAGAAGCCCAGGAGUUUCAUGUUUCUCAAACUUACCAUGAGGGACUUCUGAAAUUGCAAGCUAAAGAUUAUGCAAAAGCACGUGAACUUUUAGAGACUGUUUUAAAGGACCCUCUGGUAUCAAGUGCUCAGAUCGAUGAUAAUGCUAGUGAUCGUCAUCUUUUGCAGUUAAGAUUUUUGUCCCUGAAGAAUCUUGCUGCUGUCUUCCUCCAACAAGGCUCCAUGCAUUAUGAGAGUGCUCUACACUGCUAUCUUCAAGCUGUAGAGAUUGAUGCAAAUGAUUCAGUUGUUUGGAAUCAGUUGGGAACACUUUCGUGCACAAUGGGCUUAAUGAGCACCUCGAGAUGGGCAUUUGAGCAAGGGCUUUUAUGCAGCCCUAACAACUGGAAUUGCAUGGAAAAACUCUUGGAGGUACUUAUUGCUAUAGGGGAUGAGGUUGCAUGCCUCUCUGUGGCAAAUCUAAUACUUAGGCACUGGCCAUCACAUUCUCGUGCUUUGCAUGUCAAGAACACCAUCGAGGAUGCUGAACCAGUACCGUUUGCACCUCGUGGUGUAGAUAAACUGGAACCAAAACAUGUCAGGCUUAAGUUUCCGGACAAAAGAAAACUAACAGAUGAUGAGAUAGACAAUAGUAGAGUGUCAAAAAGAUGCAAUCAGAACAUAGAGCUGCAGUUGACUGGAGCAACAUGGUCAACCCUUGUAGAGGGAAUCCUUUGCAUUUUUCUUCCAAAAGAUGGGAAGAUUUCUGGGCCAGGGUUUGCGCAUGACCAUGAUGAUGCAAUAAGUGAAAACUUAACUGAAAGACAAGGAAAAGUUUCUUCCAGUGAUACAAGCCCUGAUAAGGGGAGGUCAGGAAUUCAGUUUUCUGAAAAUAUGGGAAGUUUUACCUGUACCAAGAUAGACAUACGCUUAGCUACAGCUCCAGAAAUUAUUCUGGACCCUGCAGAAGGAAAAACACAUGGUGUUUGUCCUGUUGGUGAUAACACGUCACUAGGUUCUCAUGGAUUUGAGAAAUCAAGUGAGGUGAAGGAAAAGGAUGUCUGCACAGACAGAGAUCAUCCUCAGGAAAGGCGUAGUACACGUCUUGAAAGGCUUAGAAGUCGCAAGUCAGGGAAAGAAGACUUGGAAGCUGGUGGCAAGGAUCUGGCAAAAGUUGCCUUUCGAUUUCUAGAACCUUUUAUUCUCAAAAGGCAAAGUACUGAAAAUCAUGAUAGUUCCAGUAGUUGUGAUGGUUCUCGUCCUAGCAUUUCCACAUACACACCAAUUCUUGAGCAUAAUGAUGUUGUACAAUUUAUAUCGAAAGCUUCAAAGAAUUGUGGUGCCUAUCAUAUAGGUCAUUUGAUACUAGAAGAGGUUGCCCACAAAGGUAUUCCCUUUCAUGACAGCUUCAUCAAGUUUCUGGAAUUAGAAAAACUGACUAGACACUGGGGUCAGGAUAGGUCACCAUUGUGUAGUUUAUUUCUUGCUGAGCUAUACUAUGACCAAGGAUCAUGGUCUGCUAACAAAUCAAAACAGUCAGAGUUUUUCUUGGAGGCAUCUUAUCAUCUUUGCAAAGUCAUUGAGUUGGUAUCUUUGGAUUCUCCCCAUGACUUGGUCAGUAUGGGUAAUCAUUUCAGUGGUCCAAAUAUUACCACAGAGACAAACGAUCCUAAUGGAACAGCAGAGUGUGUACAUUGCACAGCCGAGGAAGAAAAUAUGCCUUUAACUGUUACUUCUCAAAAUGCAACUACAAUGUUGGCUGGGGACUCUGGCUGCCAAGAAAUUUCUGAGCAAAAUUCUAUUCUGACCAAUAACAGUGCAUUUUGGGUUCGCUUCUUCUGGCUAAGUGGUCAUCUGUCCCUUUUUUCUGGCUCUAAGGCAAAAGCUUUUAAUGAGUUCUCCAUUUGCUUAUCGCUUCUGAGGAAGAACAAGAAAUUUGAAGAGACUAAGGAUUUUGUCUUUCUGCCUCAUUGCAAGCUUGUGAAUUUUCUAACUGUUGAUAGAGUUCUUCAUGAGAUUAACUUACUUAAACUUGAUUCAUUACUUAGAAAGAUCACUGAUGAAAUGAUUGAAAAAGGAAUGUACACAGAGUCUAUAAAGGUUCUUGCUCCACUUCUGCUUUCUACUAAAGAUGUCUACCUUGAUGUAGUAUCAGGUGACUCGAAAGAAAGUGAAACAGCUGCAUCAAUUGAACUAUCAGCAUUAAAUGUCCUAAUGUCAUCAUGUGAAAAGGCAGAAUCAAUGGAUAUUCAGGUAUAUCUGAACUGUCACCGGCGAAAACUGCAAGUGUUAACUGUUGCAGCUGGUAUGAUAGGUUCUCCUGCAUCACAAACGGACAAAAGUUCAUUGCCAAAAGCUAGUGCUGCUUCUGAUUUGGAUAUCUCAGAACCCAUAAGGAGGCACUGGAUACAUAUGUUGGUCAAAGAAGUUGAGGAUAUAUCUCAAAGUGCAACUCAAGUGAAGAAUUCUAUUGAUCAAAAUGAUACUUAUGAUGAGUUUAGUUCUCUCGUUUGCAUCAUUGCCAGUAUUCAGUCUCUGCUCCUGACAGUUAUGUGCAGUGCAGUGAGAAUUAUUCUCAGCCAAAAAUCAUCCAGUUCAGGAACUUCAGUUCAAACAAAUCAGAUGGAAUGUUUGUGCCUUGUAGAUGCAGCCAUUGCUUUCUGCAAACUGCAACACAUCGACCCUACAGUUUCUGUCAAAACCCAAGUUGACCUAAUUGUGGCAGUCCAUGACUUGCUUGCUGAGUAUGGGCUCUGCUGUGCUGGCAAGGAUGGUGAAGGGGAGGAAGGGACAUUUCUCAAGUUUGCAAUAAAGCAUUUGUUAUCCUUAGAUGUGAAACUGAAGUCACUAAAUGGUACAAACGGUAAAGAAGAAAUUGCAUCUCCAUGCAAGAAUGCCACAGAAGACAUGACUCGCUAUCAUCUCUAUGCUCAUGAAGAACAGGAUAAGGUUGAGGAGGGACAAGAAACUGGAAAGAAUUCUACAGAUGAAAUAGAGAAGGUGGAGUUGGGUAUUGAUAAUGCCUUGGACCAGAGCUUUUUCUGCUUAUAUGGUCUUAAGAUAAAUCCAGAUUCAUCCAGUGAAGAUGACCUAGCCGUACAUAAAAACACUAGUCGUGGAGAUUACCAAACCAAGGAGCAAUGCGCUGAUGUAUUUCAGUAUAUUUUACCAUAUGCAAGAUCUCUAUCAAGAGCUGGACUGGUUAAACUCCGAAGAGUGCUGAGGGCUAUACGUAAACAUUUCCCUCAGCCACCUGACGAUAUUUUAGCCGACAAUGUGAUUGACAAGUUCUUAGAUGGUCCUGAUUUAUGUGAGAAUAAGCUCUGUGAAAUAUAUGAAUCCAACGGGAAUCGGGAAUCCAUCAUGAAUAUAUUGUUCAGCAAUGGAAGAGACCCUGAAACAUUCAAGAAAUUAUCAGUUGCGAGCUCUGAGCCAUAUUUAGAAGUUUAUUGCAACUUGUAUUAUUUUAUAGCCCAGGCCGAAGAGAUAAGUGCCACUGAUAAAUAUCCUGGCUUUGUACUUAAAAAAGAAGGCGAAGAAUUUGUUGAGCAAAAUGCUAAUCUCUUCAAAUGUGAUCUACUUUACAACCCACUGCGUUUUGAGAGCUGGCAGAAGCUUGCAAAUAUUUAUGAUGAGGAGGUGGAUUUGUUGCUGAAUGAUGGGAGCAAACACAUAAACAUUUUAGAUUGGAGAAAGAACACUGUUCUACCUCAAAGAGUUGAGAUGGGUCGAAGGCGGAGUAGGCGCUGUUUAUUAAUGAGCUUAGCCCUAGCUGCUACUACAAUCCAACAGAGUCAGAUACAUGAAUUAUUGGCUCUAGUUUACUAUGACAGCCUUCAGAAUGUUGUACCCUUUUAUGAUCAGAGAUCUCUUGUACCAACAAAGGACACAGCAUGGAUGACAUUUUGUCAGAAUUCGAUGAAACACUUUGAGAGGGCUUUUGCACUUACGCCUGAGUGGCUCCAUGCCUUUUACCUUGGAAAAUUGUGUGAAAAGAUGGGACAUUCACCUGCAAAGGCAUUUUCAUACUAUAGCAAAGCUGCCUCACUGAAUCCAUCUGCUGUUGAUCCUGUAUAUAGAAUGCAUGCAUCACGCUUGAAGUUACUUUAUACUCGAGGAAAACAGAAUCUAGAUGUUCUUCAGAUUGUUGCUGCAUAUCCCUUUAAUCAAUCAACAAAGGACACAAUCCUAAAUUUGUUCAGUUGGACUAGCGAGGAUCUUCUGCAGUUGACUUUGGAUGUGAAAGAUGUCUGUGGGCCAGAUGUUUCAAAGGAUAAAAAGAGCAUUGAGCCUCACUUAUUAGAUAAGGCCUGGUACAUACUUUAUGAUGAUUGUCUCUCUGCCCUUGCUAUCUGUGUGGAAGGGGAGCUGAAGCAUUUCCAUAAGGCAAGAUAUAUGCUUGCCCAAGGACUGUAUAAAAGGGGGGCGGUUGGGGAUCUGGAGAGGGCAAAAGAUGAGCUUUCAUUUUGUUUCAAGUCAUCUCGAUCUUCUUUCACGGUGAACAUGUGGGAGAUUGAUGGUAUGGUGAGAAAGGGAAGGCGGAGAAAUCCAGGUGUCAGUGGAAACAAAAAGAGUCUGGAGGUCAGUUUAUCUGAAAGUUCUCGGAAAUUUAUUACUUGUAUACGGAAGUAUAUGUUGCUCUACCUGAAUCUGUUGGAGAAGACUGGGGAUCUGUGGACUCUGGAGAGGGCUUAUACGUACCUUCGAACUGAUAAGCGGUUCUCUUUGUGUCUGGGAGAUAUUGUUCCAGUUGCUCUUGGAAAAUACAUACAAGUUCUGACAUCAUCAAUUCGCAAUGCUGAGACUCGUGGUGCUACUGAUAACAACACUUCUCUCGAACAAUUGUUAGAGAAAAUGUUCCACAUAUUCAUGGAUCAUGUGAAUUUGUGGACAGACAUAAGCAGUUUACCCGAGGUGAAUAACCCAGACUUAUCAGAAAGCAACCUUUAUGGUUAUAUCCACCAAUAUAUCCACCUAUUGGAGAGUGAUAUCCGAUUAGACGCAAUUGAAGGAAUAAAUGAGAAGAUCCGGAAGCGUUUCAAAAACCCAAAAUUGUCGAAUAAUAACUUCUCAAAAAUAUGCAAGCAUGCAUCUUUAGCAUGGUGUCGUUCUAUUCUUAUUAAAUUGGCUUCGAUCACUCCACUACCUGAUGCUGGACAACUUAGUGGUCAGCCUAGUGGGUUAGAAUCUGGCCUUCUGCUUUUUGUUGACCUACAGCCCGAUGAGCUCUUGGUCUCACCACUGGAAGGUCCUGCUCAAACAAAAGGUCUAGAUAUGAAUUGGUUUGAGGCUCUAUAUAAGAUCAAGAAUAUCCGAAUUAGGCAAGCAUUAGAAGAAAAUAUGGAGGCCGCUGUAACUUUAAUGAGAUGUACCUACAAUUUCUAUCGAGAGAGUUCUUGUGGGACAUUUCCAUCGGGUAUCAACUUGUACACAGUAUUCUCAUUGCAGUCAGCAGUGGGAGGACUACCCCAGCAGGGCAAUGAUGUAGUUGAUGUCCUCGACCUAAGUAUCCCAAGGAAACUGCUUUUGUGGGCAUACACCCUGGUGCACGGCCGUUAUUCAAACAUCUCGGCUGUUGUGAAGUACUGUGAAGAGGCAAAGUCAAGGAUGAAAAAGGGGAUUGCUGUUUCAUCCGCUCCAUCACAAGGAAAUAUUCCAACUAAUGUUGCACAUGCAGCCCUAGGUGGGAGUAAAGAAAAGAUGGACCGGGAUGAGUGCAGUGAAGCCGAGGGUAGUCCAUCUGUUGUUGCAACUUCUGGAUCUCUACAUCAGGAGGGCAGUGCACUUGGCUCAAACAUUUCUCCUGUAAAUUACGAGGCUCAAAAACCAACUUCAGCAUCUUCACAACUCCACCGGUGUAACUCAAACAAAGGUAGCGAAAACGUUCAGCAGGACGGUUGCAGAGAAAACAUGACAGAUUGAGUAGCUAUUACUGCUCAAGGAGGCAGGGAACCUUGCAUGUGUCUCAAAACGUUUCUCCUGUUAUUAACGAGACCCAAAAAUCAACUACAGCAUCUUCACAGGUCUACUGGUGCUGCACAGACAAGACAGCCAACAACAUACAGGAGGCAUAUGCAGUAAACAUCAUAGAUUAGGUAGUUAUUACUGUUUAACAAAGUUCAGAUUCAACUCGGGUAAACACCAUUUAGCUCCAGCUGGUGAUGCGUAACAGUCUUUGAUGCCAUUUGUGAACCAGGGAUGAUGCAUGUAUGUUGUGCAAAUGGUGAUAUUGCCGACUGAUACGCAAGCUAAUUUCUGUAACACACACUCUUUGUAUCUGUCAUAUUGGAAAAUGAGCUGAAAGAAUGUGCAAAUUAGAAUCUGAAGCAUCACUAAUAAAAUUCUGGAAGAUUACAGAACAGACAGAAAUUUCUGUCUUUUUUC